AGGGAGCAUCAAGCACAACAGACCUUCACUGGCAGCCUGAGAGUUUUAUAACCCUUUGGCCUGCAGGAUUCCUUCAGCAACAUGUGGAGAGACAAUAGUAUUGAUGCAUCUGCUAAAAUAUCUGGAAGCAGUAGUGUAUCAAGAAGUGCAAGUCGCAGAAAAAGAACAAGUUUCUCAAAGGAACAUGUUGAGCUUCUUCGUGCCACAUUUGAGACGGACCCUUACCCAGGAAUCAGCCUCAGAGAGAGUCUCUCCCAAACUACAGGACUGCCAGAGUCUCGCAUACAGGUAUGGUUCCAGAAUAGGAGGGCUCGCACGAUGAAAUGCAAGGGUGGAAAGAAGUCGUUGUGGCAAUCCGAAUCACCAUAUAGUGCAACGCAGAAUUCGCCAGGUCAGCUACACUCUUCUAACAGCAACAACAGUGAGUCUGGUGCAGUUACUGUGUCUCUAUGCACUCCACUACCCGCGUACCCUGAUCAUAUUAAGGAAGAAAUGGAAAGGGAUGGAUUUUAUGGGUGUGACACUCCAUCUUCCAUGUCUGUCGGUGAUGAUUCCGGCUACUGCACCCCUUCAUACAGACACCAUCAUCAGGCCAGAGCCAUGAACGCUCACUGCAGCCCAUCUCUACUGAGACCAGAGCAUCAGAUGCCUCCAAACUGGGCUGCGAGAUAUGACAGAAGGUCACCUGUGAGCUCCAUGUGUAGUUCAUAUCAUCUUGAUGCCUAUGGCUGCAAUCCCAGCUCCAUCCAUGGCUUCUUUUACUCUCCAUCUGAAAAGCACAACAGCCUUCAGCCGCUGACCCCUGUUACGCCAGACGUGGGCUGCUGGGAGGGUGGUUUAGAGGGCACUCCUCCAGCUUCCAGCUCUUUCUGUGUAGACAACCCAGAAGUUCAGAGGAUGGAGGGCCAACAGGAAAGCGGGAUUCACCAUGGGCCUCUGCCUGAGCUGCCAGCCUUGUCCCUACAGGAGAUCCUGGGAGAGCUGCAAGGAGACUGGUUGCAGAGUGAAGGACUAAAUAGCCACUCUUCUGAGGGCAACCAAGUGUAUGGCUGAAUUUGGCUGUGUGCAGUCUAUUUAUGAAUAUUUGUAUGUAUAUUAUUUAUUAUUUAUCUGAUCUGAAAGUAACAACAUGAGAGAUUUCAGAUGUGUUCAGAUUAAUUUAAUGAGCUUCGAUCUUAUUUAUCUUCACUUUUGUUAUUUAUUUAAUGAUCAUUGUAAAAGUAUAAUCAUCCAGAUGUGUUCAUAUUGUUUACAGACAUCUUUAAUGACUCCAUUUAAAUGCUGCACUUGCAUUUAAAUAAAUAAAA